UCUUUCUCUCACUUGCAGCCAAGAGCCAGCCAGAAUAUCCAACUUCACCUGGAUUCACUUUCCUCCCUACCAACUGCCUAUUUCAACCCACCUCGCUCUUCCCUCUUUCUCUUCUUCCACCUCCCCCACACAACCAUCUUCCCAGCUGCAACUUUUCCUCUCCCUUCUCCACGUUCCCCUACGUGUCCCGCAAUGCCUCCCAAGAAAAACGACGCCGCCGCUGGCGCUGAGCAGGGAAUCGCGGGAUUCGAUGCAAAGGAGACUAAGCUACUGGCUGCCGCCUUUGUCUCGUCUAUCGGCCUGGAUAAGUACGACUACGACCUUUUCUCUACGUUGACCGGCAACACAGCGGGAAGUCUCAAGAAGAUGUACCCUCCCAUCAAGCGCAAAGUCGCGGAAGCCCAUCCCUCCUUCGCCACUUUCAUCGGCACUCCAGCUGCAGGUGAGAACGGCAAAGCAGCUGCUCCCAAGGCUGCCACCUCCAAGGCCGCAGCAUCCAAGGGCCAAGCCAAGAAGCGUAAAGCGACUGCAGAUGUAGACGACGACGAUGCCGACGCUGCAGAUGGCUCGGACCAGUCCGAAGGCAAGCCUGAGAAGAAGGCCCCCGCCAAAGGCCGUGGCAAGAAAACCAAGCUUGAGGCCGAAGACGACAACGAAGAUGCUUCUCCAGCCGCCGAACUUCCCAAGAAGCCUGCUGCUACCAAGGGACGCCCCAAGAAGACGAAGAAGGCCUCCACUCCCGAUGCCGACGCUGACGAUGUUCCCGCGCAGCCCAAGAAGCCUAGGGGCCGCCCCAAGAAGGUGAAGACUGACGACGCCGACGCAGCCAAUGGAGACGAUGCCCCCGCCAAGAAGCCCGCUCCAAAGGGCCGCCGUGCUAAGGUGCCUGAGCCUGAGCCCGAGGCUUCCGCUUCCACGGAUGAAGGCACCAACGACGCCGACACCGAGGGAAAUGAGCCAUCUCCCGAUGCCGAGACGACCCCAGCUGAGCAGGACGACGAGUCUGCCUAG